UAGUUGCCUUUCGAUGCAUUUUAAUUCUAUAUUCAGAGGCGGAUCAUACGCCAGGAGAAACACAUCCGCAUUUCUAUUUUAUAUAAUUCGAUUCAUUGCAUCCCAUUUAAUCCCGUCAAUCAAUCAUAAUAAAUCUCGGUACCGCCAUUAGCGAUUCAAAAUCACAAUUUUCUGCAUAUAAAUACGACGAUUUCCACCCCCGUCAUCCUCCACACCAACACACACACAUACACAAAGUUCAGCAUUCAUCAACAACAAAAAAGAACCAUGUCAUGGGCCUGUCGCUCCCUGCCUAACUGCCCGAAUGGCAAGUCGUCGUGGUCGGAGCUGGUGGGGAAGAAGGGCAGCGAGGCGAUGGCGGUGAUCUUGAGGGAGAGGCCUGACAUCACCAGGGCCAUCCUUGUGCCGCAGGACGCCGUCAUCACCGACGACUACUGCUGCAACCGCGUUCGGAUCCUCGUCGACUGCGGCGACGGCGGCGGCGACUGCGGCGACGCCAGCGUCACUGCCGUCCCGAUGAUCGGGUGAUUCACAUCGGAUGCAGUGCAGUUUAGGGGGGAAUUCAAUCACCUGCAGUUCUAGAGGAGGAAAAACUAUGCUGCGUUUAUGGUUUAAAGAAGUUUUUUGAAUAAAGAAUUCCCCUGUUUCCUA